CUGAGCGGACCCGUGUCGGAUGCUCGGACGCGGACGCGCCUUUACUGCAACGGUUGAACACAGCACACCAAGAGCCGACAUCAGUCGAGAAUUUCUUUGCUGGGACACGGUUGCGCUGAACCCUCUUUUGAAACAAAAAUGAAUAGAAAGACUGAGCCUGUCUCCUUAUCAACCUUAAGGCGAAGGACGCGUGUAGACGUUCAAAAAAGACUUCAUCAAAUUAGGACAGACAUGACUGACAUGACUGAUAUGGACAUGACAGGAAUAGGAGCAGAAGACAGAGUUCUUUCUGAGAACACUGCCCCACCCUCUUCAGCUGCACAUGCAAUGUCAGAGGUGCAAGUUUAUACUGAAGAGGACAUGGAAUUGGAGGUAGAUUUUGAUGAUGUGUAUUGUGAUGGGGGUGGGACAUCAGGUUCGGAUUCUGAAAAUGAUGAUGACCUAACAUCACUUUCCGAUAACAUUGCCAACUGGGCAGUGAGUUUUGGGAUUUCCCUCGUUGGCCUGACUACACUGUUGAGUAUACUCCAUAUAACCCACCCCAAUCUGCCAAAGGAUGGUAGGACCCUUCUCAAGACAAAAACUCAUUAUGCUAUUGAGGAGAAGGCUGGGGGGAACUACCAUCACUUUGGCAUCCUUUGCUCCUUGAAGGUCACUAUAAGCAAAUAUGCCAAAACACUGGCAGAGGGCAUGACAUUGGGGCUGCAGAUUAAUAUAGAUGGUCUACCUUUAUUUAAAAGUUCCUCUGUACAGCUGUGGCCCAUCCUUGGCUUACUGGUUACCAUCCCCAUGAAGGAACCUGUUGUCAUUGGGGCCUACUGUGGACCGAAAAAACCUAGUUCGGCCACAGAGUUCCUAUCUGAUUUUGUCAAUGAACUACAGGAGCUAGAGGCUGGGUUUUGCUUUGGGGAUAAGAACCUUAAAAUUAAGCUUCACACAGUAAUCUGUGAUGCCCCUGCACGGGCCUUUGUGAAAAAGACAAAGGCCCAUAAUGCUUUUCAUGGGUGUGAUAAGUGCCUACACCCAGGGCAAUACCAGAACCGGUGUAUGACGUUCCCUGGGUCAGAGCACCCCCAGAGAACUGACAUCUCAUUUAACCUGAUGGUUGAUGAACUACACCACCACAAGGGGCAACAUCCAUUUAAAAAUGUGAAGGUUGGCAUGGUAUCGCAGUUUCCCUUGGAUUAUAUGCAUCUAGUGUGUUUGGGCAGCGUAAGGAAACUGCUCCAAACCUGGCUUCGGGGUACGUUAACAGUAAGACUGCCGGCAUUAAUAGUAGACAUAGGAUGUCAGGCAAACUCCAGUCAAUGAGGCCCUACGUGCCAAUUGAGUUUGCCACGGUCGCUUAGGGAGUUGGACCGUUGGAAGGCGACUGAAUUCCGUCAGUUCUUACUGUACACUGGCCCAGUGGUGCUGGCAGGAUUCCUGGACCGGAACAUGUACCACAAUUUCAUGCUCCUGUCAACUGCUAUAUCUAUUUUGGUAAGCCCUGAACAUCUCAACCUUGCUGAUUAUGCUGGACAAAUGCUAAAAUCUUUUGUAAACCAUUUUGGUGAGCUGUAUGGGACAGACCAGAUUGUGUACAAUGUCCACUGUCUGGUCCACCUGGCAGACGAGGUGAAGAGGCAUGGCUGUCUAGACUCUUUUUCAGCAUUCCCAUAUGAGAACCACCUUGGGAAAAUAAAAAAACUCAUUAGAAAACCUGGGUUCCCUUUAGCUCAACUCAUUCAGCGCCUUUCGGAGGUUACAGCUACCAAAUUGGAUGCUGAUGCAGACAUUAUACUGAAAAGGGAGCAUUUUGUGGGCCCAAUUGUUGUUGACAUGGGAGUUAAUGCGCAAUAUGGGGAAAUGCGAGGUUAAAGGUGGACCAUCAAAUUAACAACAGGGGACAACAUGUUUCUGGUGGGGGAUAAAGUCUGCCUUAUCAAAAACAUUAUCAAAAAUGAUAAUGGUGUGUAUGCUAUUUACACUGAAUUUUCCCGGCGGUUUCCAUUCUAUACCUAUCCCUUCAACUGUGACAGAAUGAACAUAUUUGUUGUAAAUGAUGCAUCUGACGAGCUGAAGUCGGUUUAGGUGUCAGCGCUGCGACAGAAAUGUGUAGCCUUGCCAUACAGGGAUGGUUUCGUGGCCAUACCCCUCCUCCACUAAAUGGAAAAAAACAAAGAAAA